AUGUUGAACACCAUCCUUGCCGCGGUGGCCUUAUUUUGCGCCUACCUCCUCGCCAGUGCUAUUUAUUCCGUCACGUUUCACCCUUUGGCGGAUGUACCCGGUCCAAAGAUCUGUGCCAUUACUCGCAUACCGUACUGGCUGGUGUCACUCUCGGGCGACGAUAUUAAAUGGAUGAAGAAACUUCAUGACCAAUAUGGACCAGUCAUUCGCUUUGGUCCGACCGAUCUGAGCUACGCCACCGGCCAGGCCUGGCAAGAUAUUCAUGGGCCGAAGGUGACGGAGAAGGCACAAGAGUUCUCUGUCCAGCCUGUUAAUGGUGUUCCUAGCAUGCUCACCGCCACUACCGAGAACCACUCGCGAGUCCGCCGCUUGUUCUCGCCGGCAUUCUCCGAGCGUGCGCUGAAGCAGCAGGAGCCCCUAUUCCGAAAAUAUGCCGAUCUAUUGGCGUACAAGAUCUCGGAGGUCGGCGAGGAUGGCAACAAGCCCGUGGAGAUGACCCAACUGCUGAACUUCGCGACGUUCGACGUCAUGGCGGAGCUCUGCUUCGGCCAGCCUCUUGGACUGUUGGCCAAGAAUGAGUACAGCCCAUGGGUCAAGUCGAUCUUUGAGUCCCUCAAGAUGCUUCCCAUUGCGUCAAUCAUCAACUACUACCCGAUCCUGAAUGCCAUAUUUACCCGGUUCGAGCCGAAGUCGGUCACCGAGCAGCGAGUGACUCACUGCAAACAUUCGGAGGAGCGUGUCAACCGGCGUCUACAGGAUGGUUCCACUCAGCCUGAUGUCUGGAACCUUGUGUUGUCAGCCAAGGAGGGGAAGGAGUUGACUCUCGAGGAGAUGCACUCCAACGCCGAGCUGUUCAUGCUGGCUGGCUCAGAAACCACGGCCACCUUGUUGAGUGGUUGUGUAUACAACCUCCUCAGGCACCCCGAAAAGAUGAAGGUCCUCGUCGAGGAGAUCCGAGGAAGCUUUACCAAACUCGACGAUCUGACCUUUGAGAAUCUUGCGGAGCUGAAAUACAUGAACGCCUGCCUCAAAGAAGCACUUCGCGUUUACCCACCUGUCCCAAUCGGCAGUCCACGAGUGGUACCAAAGGGCGGGCAGAACAUCCUCGGCAAGUGGGUUCCGCCUGAGACCCGCGUAUCGGUCCACCACUGGUCAACAUACCAGUCCGAGGCCAACUUCAAAAACGCCGCCACGUUCGCACCCGAGCGUUGGCUCAAGGCCGACCCGUUGUACGCCGGAGACGCCCUAGACUCCCACCAGCCGUUCGGAUUCGGGCCUCGCAACUGCCUCGGGCAGAGCAUGGCCAUGCACGAGAUGAGGCUGAUCCUGGCCACCCUCAUCUUCAAGUUCGACUUUGAGCUCUGCAGCGAGAGCCGGGACUGGGCCGCCCAGAAGUCGUUUGCGCUGUGGAUCAAGACGCCGCUGAUGGCCCGGGCUAGGCCAGUUUCUGUACAGAACAGGUUGAAUAUUUGA